AUGGACUACGAUUACUACUACGAUGAAUAUGGCUAUUAUGAGGACUGGGGCGACGGAUAUGACGACCAGUACGACUAUCACUAUGACAACUACGAAGGCCCCUGGAAUGAAGGUGAAGAGUUUUGGUACAACGAAGCGGAGGAAUAUUUUGGCGAAGAAUACUACGACAACAGCAGGUACCCAAACGAGAGGUACCCUACUGAAUAUACAGGUGCAUAUCCUCCUGUUGAGGCCUCAGGUGAGUACCCUGUUGAAGAUACAGGUGCGUACCCUCCUGUUGACGACACAGGUCCGUAUACAGAUGUGCCAUAUAAUUACGGCAUGCAGCAUCAGGAGGGACAGAGUGGUAUACAUGAUAACUUCUUAGGCGUUGCGUAUGGUUACCCCGUACCUCAGUAUCUAUAG